ACAAUAAAUACACACAUAAAAAAAACGUAGAUGAUUCUUAAUGUGAAGGAUCGGUUGCACACUGCUCAGCUGUGACUCCACAGCACCUGUCUUUUACACGUUUAGUGCAAAAGGUGACUAUCCGAGCAUUAAAAACCAGCACUCCCCCACAACCGAGCUGCUUUCUGUCUGCUCCCCCAUCCCGCAACAACCUGGAGGAGAGAGAGCGCAACUACAUCACUGCCCCUGCCUCCUCCUCACAGCGUUGGUCGCCAUCCAUCCCCUCUCCUCCUGUACCAUAACAGAUGGUGGGAACAACAUUGCAUUCACCGGGUACCACAACAAUAGACCGCAGCAUCUAGUCCGGACAUCACUGGCCUUUCAGCACCAUGCUCCCAGCGCGGGACUGCGCGAGGUUGUGAGUGCCGUCGUGAUUUAUUUCACGCGGUAUCACCACGGCCACGGAGGAACCUUCUUGCGACUGUUUGGGCUCUCCGUCGAGUGGGGAAGAUGGCCGCUAUGAAAAUAUUAACGGGCACGGGGCUCUUCUUGGCUCUCUGCGCGCUGGGGCUGCUCGCCAUGGCGAUUUGCACCGAUUAUUGGUACGAGACGGACGCGAGGAGACAUCGAGAGAGGUGUAAAAACUAUGCCAGUAAGCGAAACGACCCGGGUUACAUCUACAUUUCGAGCCACAACCUCCCCCUCCAGAUGCCUCCAAAGAGCCUGGAGAGGGAAGGUAACGGCCCAGAUGCUGCUCCUGUCUUCAGGAGGAAGCGGCACUUUCUGGCCGGGGCGUCUGCCAUGGAGUCUCACUGUAGCCGGCAGUUUAACUCCACCAUCUCUGGUCUCUGGAGGAAAUGUCACCGGGAAGGAUUCGACCCGGAGACCGAGGACCUCAUUUACAAAGGCAUAAUUCAGAGAUGUAUCCCAGUCAAGUAUCACUAUUCUUCGUCCAUCUUACCGCGAAAUUUACCCAUCAACAUCACAAAGACUAUACGGCAGGAUGAGUGGCAUGCACUCCAUCUAAGAAGAAUGACAGCUGGCUUUGUGGGCAUGGCUGUGUCCAUCAUUCUUUUCGGGUGGAUCAUUGGAGUGCUGGGAUGCUGCCAGCAGCAUGACCUCAUGCAAUAUGUAGCUGGGCUACUCUUUCUCAUGGGAGGAACAUGCUGCAUCAUCUCAUUGUGCACAUGUGUGGCAGGAAUCAACUUCGAGUUAUCCCGCUAUCCUCGCUACAUGUAUGGCCUCCCUGAAGACAUUAGCCAUGGCUAUGGCUGGUCCAUGUUUUGUGCCUGGGGGGGCCUCGGUCUCACAUUGCUGGCUGGCUUCCUCUGCACCUUGGCUCCAUCCCUGAGUACGCCUGCCACUCGCACAACCAUCCACAAGCCGAGGCAGGAGAACGGAACCGUGUGACAGGGGCGUUGUGAAGCGAUUGAACCACCGAACGCACAAACACACCCUUCCAACCUUGAUGUUUAACUCUGAAACAGUUUUUGUCUGAUCACCAUCUCACAACACCCUCAGCAUCGCCAUCCCCCUUCAGUGUUCAGUGUGCCUGAGUUGUGACAGAAGGAACAAAGUAACGGCAAAUUUCACACACCUAAUCUUGAAAAUCCCCGAGGGACCUCCGUAAAGGCCAAGAGUGACACCCACAGCAAUGUUUGACUGGGACAUGGCUCUAAUAGCACAAAUAAGACUUUUUUUCUUUUGGUUUUGAUUUUUGAAAUGCUGACUUUAUGAUGAUCUAAUGGUGACUGUUUUCUCUGAAGAGAAAUUGUCAUAAAAUGGUGCUCUCUUAAAUACAUAAAGCCACACACAAUCCCACACAAGAGACACAUUUACACACAAACACACGCAUACACACACACACACAAACACAGACACACACCAGCCUUUCCACAUAUGCUCAAUUACUAUGGAUGAAUCAUGAGAGAUAUCCAGCAAAAGGAACAAACAUCAGGCCAGAACAUCCUGUCAGCAUUCCUCUGUCAGUCGAGUGAAGUGUGCUGUGUUAUUGUUCGUAAUGGAAAAAAAAAAGAAGAAGAAAAAAAUUUGGCACUGACUGCCCAUUGCCUAUCUUUAGUAUAGCACACUAACUGAUAUCAAACAUGAGCCCCAGGGCACACGUCUACAGCCUAUACUGGGUCUAGCAGUGCGGUCAGUAUGAUAAAAUACACAGAAGUAAAAUUUUUGCCUUCCAGAGCAAAUUGUUUGACACUUCUUUGACAAUUAUAUAUGUACAAAUGCAUCUCAGUGUAGAUCCAGAUCAUUGUUUGUGUAAAGUAGAUUUUGAAUAUUUGUUUUCUGUUUGCUCAGAGGCAGUGAUGGCCGGCAGAGUUCAGUCGAUUACCAAGUGAAAGUAAUGCAAGUAAGCAGGUAAAUCUGAGUAAAAGAAACACAGCAUCUGCUGCACUGUCAUGGAUCUGACAGACCGGUGUGUUUGCUGAAGGCUGAAUCAUAACCUGACAGCAAGAAAAAUUAAACCAAACUAUGGAGGAGGUAUUUGAUUGCUCCGCUGUUUAACCUCAUAUUGGCCAGUCCUUCUUUUCUCUGAAUAGAAGCGAAUUAAGCAAUUUUAGAAGAGAAAGAAAUGCAACUUCAGUGAUGCCACUAAAAAUACAAGCACAAUCUGCACACAGAAUUCUCAUCUGUACUAAGUACAAUAACAGACUAUAUCAAACAUUAGUGGAAGGCCAAACUAUCAUCAUUUAAUAUCCUGCAAUGUUAGUUUUAAUAUAAGGAAAGGAGCACAAUAAAAGAUCAUUUCUGUGAUGGACCUCAUUGUCCAGCAAUCAAAUGCAUAUUGUGAAUUUAAGAGUUGUUUACAAUUUUUUUUAUAUGGAUGUUAAUCUUUAGAAAACAACAACAAGAACAAAAUUAUAAGUAGAAAAAAUCCUGUUGAAGGCUGUGAUGCUUGGAAUUCACACAAUGACUGAUCAUUUUAGUAAAAAUAUAUUUUGUACCAGUAAAAUGCAAAUGUACUGUGUACUAGCUAACAAAACAGUACACUACACAUUGUUGUGUGUGAGAGGAACAGAGGAAUUCUUCAUUUUUGUCUUACACCUCCAAAUCCGAGGUCGAAACAAAGCACCUACAGCAACAUAUGCCUAGACAUGUGUCUCGAGCUGUACUGCAAAUACACAUUCAGUUUGAAUUAUUUAAUUUACACAUCGAAAAUAACUAGACUGAGAAAACUUGAAAUGACAAGUAUCCAUAAUAAGUCAAAUUUAAGGAAUGCGUUCUUGGAAACUUAUUUUUGAUUUGAAAUACACCAGGUUUUCUGUAUUAAGUCGGAAAAUGACAUAUUCCAUAGUGUGCAACAUGGUUUGGACAAUGUAAAAAUGUCUGAAAAUAAAGUGUAGGACUUAAAGCUGUUAAAUAUAAAAGGAAAAACUAUCACCCUGUUAACACUACUGGGCGAGAAUAACCCACAAAAGCCAUUUGGUUUUUGUUUUGUUUUUUUGUAACGCUGUAAUUUUUUGUUCCCGAGUCACUAGAGGUAAUAUAUUUUAAAAGGACAAAACUCACCACCUCCACGAUCCAUGACUACAUGAUACAAGAAUAUUACAGCCAUGAUGUUUUUAUAAGUGUUGAUUGCCUGAGAUGAAUCAUGAGAUAUUCUAUCAGCUAUGUCAAUUAACUCUCUUAGAAAAAAAAAGGUGUUAUAGUGUCUUAACAACACUGUGUGUGACGUUUGGUCAUUUCACCAUCACCAUCAAUGAGGAAAUGAACUGAGGCAUGAUAGAAAACUGUAUCGCCAGUGUCUUGUUGAAUCUUUGCACUUUGCUGCGUUUCAUGAUUUAGUGAACCUGAAGUCUUAAGCUGGUGGCACUAUAUUUGUUUGCAAGGUCACACAAGGGAGCAAAAGAUGAUCAGAGCAUGUAACAAGCACCCUGUUGUGAGUCCGCGUUUAUACAGUGUUGUGAGGUCAGGGUCAAUCGGCCGAGGCUCUUAAUGUGGAAAUGUUUCCACCUGAAAGUAGGGCAUACUAUAAAUAUGGAAAUUUUUUAUAUCUAUGCUCGCUACACUGCUAACUGACAGAAUGCGACGCUGUGUGGUGUUUUAAUGAAGUUUUAAGUUUGCACUUAAACUGAAACACAGUAAUAUACUGUAAGCAGUGAAGUGUAAUGUAUAUGUACAUGGUGAAAGUACAAUGUGUUGUUCUGACUGAAGCACAACUGCACACAACUCUUUUUUGCGUAUUAUGGGGGUGGGGAAGGAAUUAGACUUUUGCCACCACUGCAUGUGUGCAGUCAAAACAUAACACAUGAUACAUUUUGAAAGCACACAGCUACCCCCCACCCCCCAGCCCCCCAUGUCUCAAAUAGUAAAUUUCAAUGAACACCAACACAAAGCAGUGUCUGUGUUUUGAAGCUGAAGUUUUGUCAUCAACUCAAAACAAAAGAACAGUAGCACACAGUAGCAAGAUUUACAAAGCAUUACAAAAAAACAAAAAACAACGAACGUUAGAGGACGGAUGAGCACCGUGUAACAAGAUACUGGAAAUUGUUGUAUAAUCCAACUUUCAUGAGAAACUUAGAGAAGUACUCUGCAAUGAGAGAUGACCCAUGAAAAUGCCACCAUUAAGAGUGGCUCUCAUUUCAGUAGCACAGCUAUUAUUUUCUACAUUUAUACUGGUUCCAUCCACUGCAGAUGUUACGUGGGGAUAAAAAAAAACAAAAAACAAAAGCCAGACAUUACAGCCUUGCAUGAUCUCAUUACAGUUAGUUUCUUUCAAUAUAUGAAAAAGUGUGUCCAUUUUUAAUUAGUUUAUUUUACUGAAAUAAAACAUGUAAUUAUUAA